AUGAAUAAUUAUGCUAAUAAAUUAGGCUUGGGAGGCGAUUAUGAAUAUUGUGAUGUUUUCGGGUUGGAUGAUGAAUUGUUGGAUAUGGUUCCAAAGCCUGUGAUUUCCGUCUUGUUGUUGUUUCCUUUGACCAAGGAAAAUCAAAACCUCCAACAAAAGGAAGAUGAAGAAAUGGAAAAGAAUCAAGACUCCAUUCCAAAGGAAUUAUUCUUUAUGAAGCAAACUAUUGGAAAUGCAUGUGGUACUGUUGCCAUUAUUCACUCCUUGGCCAACAAUAUCAAAUCAUUACAAGUUGCAAGUUCAAGCUUUUUGCAAGAUUUCAUCAAUGGAAAUGUAGGAAAGAGUUCUGAAGAAAUUGCCAAAUCAUUGGAAGGUGAUAAGAGAGUUGAGGAAGCUCACGAAAGUAGUGCCCUUUCCGAACAAAAUCAAAGUGAAGUUGUGGAAGUAACAGAUUUGCAUUUUGUUUGUUUCGUCGAAAAGAAUGGCCAUGUAUUUGAAUUGGAUGGUAGAAGAAAGUUCCCAAUGAAUAGAGGAGCUUCUUCUGGUGAUUUAUUGAAGGAUGCAAUCAAGGUUGUCAAGAAUUAUAUGAGUUUGAAUCCUGAACAAUAUUUGUACAAUAUCGUAGCUUUGGCCAAGAAACAACAACAAGAAUAA